UAGCCUCGUAGCUACAAUGUUUUGGUGUUGUUUUUUAAUAGUCUUAUAUAUUUGUUUCGUGUAAUAUCCAGUUUUUAAAUCCUAGAAACAAUUAUGCAAUCAAAUCGACCUCUAGUGUGUGUUAAAUUUCCAGGAGUAGUUAAAAAUGAAGAAAAAGCAAUACAGUGUUUAGGUGGAAUCAGGAAUAUUUCAGAGGUACCUAAGUCUAUUCUGAAACCACCAAAAAGCGUUUAGAAAUAUCAUUUCAACCGAAGAACCCAUACAUGAAAAAGAUGUAUGCAGAUGCAUUUAAGACUGCAGGAAUCCUUAUAAAAGUCAAAGUAAAGAGAACAAAAGUAAAUAAUGAGGAGAAGAGAGAAGUUAUUUUUACAUCUGUUAUGGGGCGUGUGAGCCAGAUGUACCAAUUUGACUCCAUGUGUGACUUCCAGUAUUUGCCAUUUGAAAAUACAGGUGAUUCAAACAGACAAUGCAUAUUAGAAAAACUAUUGCCCUCAGGAUUGGAGCCGCAUAGUUUUCUAAAUGAACCGGGUCCACUUUUCAUCCUACCUCCAAACUUCACUCGGUCAGACAAGCCGAUGCCCUAUCUGUAUACAUUUAAGAAAUAUACAGGACGUAAGGAUGACCAGGAUCCUGACGAUGUCCACCAUCGCAAGCGAGGCAACCGUGGCUUACCCGAGAAAUUGUUUAAUUUCAACCUAGUGGAUGAACUGGAUACAGAGCCACACCCCUAUUAUGUAAAACAAAAAGAAGAGCGCCAGAGAGUUUAUCCAACUCUAGAAAAUGAGUAUGCUGUUGUUGAAAAGCUUUUCAAAGAAAAACCAAUUUGGACAAUUGGCCUAUUAAGAUACGAAACAAAGAUACGUAAGCCGUCAUUGAGGAUAAUAUUGCCAUGCCUGGCGAUACAGAUGAAAGACGGCCCUUGGAAGAUGUGCUGGGUGAGGUAUGGGUAUGACCCGCGGAAGAAUCCGGAGGCUCGCAUCUAUCAAACACUGGACUUCAGGCUGCGGAAUACACCUGGUAUUCGCUCGUUGGUACUGACCCGGGACAGAGCGGUGCACAAGCUGAAGAAGGCAGAGAGGGCGCGGCCGCUGAAGAGGCGUGACAACCAAGACGAGCCCGCGCCGGACGAUUUAGUGGUCGAAGGAGCCGUGUACUUCCGUCCGGGGAUUGUCCCUUCGCAGCGGCAGAUAUAUUAUCAGUACUGCAACAUCAAACUGCCGGAAGUACAAGAGCUGCUGGCUGCGGAGCCCCCGCCCGGGUACCUAUGCCACCCGAAGCGCGGCUGGCUGCCCCCGAACACUGACGAAGUUGUUCGCGAUCAUCUGUACAAAUACGUGCAGGAGACAUUGAAGUCGACCUACAAUUCCGAGUUGAAGUUUGAGCAAGAGAGCAGCGAUGACGACAAUUCUGAUGACGACGCGAGCGCAGCAGCAGCGGACUACGCCGACGAAGCUGGCCGAAGUCAAACAAACUAACAUGCCAUUAACAACCUUAUAAUAUUAAGAAUUAAAUGUGCGUUUCCGCUAAUGAAACUGUUGUUGUGUUUAUAUAAUAAAAUAUAUAAAAAAAUUUUUU